AUGGCCGACCAAGGGGUGGGCCAGAUCUGGACGUUUCCAACGGACAUAUCACAGUUUGACGACGAUGAGCGCAUCUCGUAUUCACGGCUCGACCGCAAGUACAUUGCCGUGCAGGACGAUGGCACCGAGUUUGAGUUUGACCAGUCACUGAGGCGUUGGAUCCCGCUUGCGGACAACGACGACGCGGACGAGGGCAGCGCCAUCGAUGCUUUUGCUGCCGCGCAUCAACAAGAAGGCAGUGCUUCGGAGAGCAGGAAACGGAAGCCGGACCACUCCUACUACAAUAGCGAGCCACGAGAUACAAGUCAGAACCGAGACCGGCAUCCAAACGGCCGUCGAGGAGGUCACAAUGGCAACAACAGCAACAACAACGACAACGACACUACCACGGGCAGCAGCAACAAGCGUGCCAAGGCACAAGCUGGCCCACGCCAACCGAAACAAAAUACCGCCGUCUACGUCACCGGACUGCCCCCCGACGCCACGGCCGACGAGGUGGCCGAGCUGUUUUCACGCAAGUGCGGCGUGAUCGCCGAGGAGAUUGACUCGGGCCGGCCGCGCAUCAAGAUGUACACAAACAGCGACGGCUCCUUCAAGGGCGACGCGCUCAUUGUCUUUUUCAAGCCGCAGAGCGUCGACAUGGCCAUUAUGCUGUUGGACGACACAGACUUCCGCUUUGCGCCCACGCCGGGCAGCGCAGACGCCGGACGCAUGCACGUGCAGGCGGCCGACUCGAGCUACAAGAAGACCAACUACCAGCAGCAGAGCGAGUCCAGCACGCCGGCUGAGGGCGGAACACCAGGCGCCGGAACGGCGUCGGCGGCGGCGUCGGCGGUGCCGACGGACACUGGUGGACAGCCGGGAUCGUCUGCGUCUGCGCCGGCGGGUGGCGGCGGGAAAGCCGCUCACCAGGACAAGCAAAAAAUCAUUAAAAAGACGCAGAAGCUGGACGCCAAGCUGGCCGACUGGAGCAGCGACGAGGACGAGCGGUUUGCAGGCCUGACGGGCGGCGGCGGCGGCAACAGCAACGGCACCAGCCGCAACCGCAAAUGGGACAAGGUCGUCGUCCUCAAGCACAUGUUUACGCUGGCCGAGCUCGACGAGGACCCGGCCGCGCUGCUCGACAUAAAGGAGGACAUCCGCGAGGAGUGCAGCAAGCUGGGCGACGUGACCAAUGUGGUGCUCUUUGACCAGGAAGCCGCGGGCGUGGUGAGCGUCAAAUUCAAGACGGCCGAGGCGGCGGCGGCCUGCGUGCGGCUGAUGGGUGGGCGGGCGUUUGACGGGCGCAUUGUGGAGGCGACGCUGGCGACGGGGCGGGAAAAGUACCGCAAGUCGAAAAAGGGCGACGACGACGAGGGCAUGGGCAGCAGCGACGAGGAGGACAAUUGA